CCCUUUGUCCCAAAACCCACUUCCCUACCCUCCACCCUUAAGACCCCCCCUCCUCUCCCUCCCUCUUAUAGCCUUAUUUUCUUGCACCAUUUCCUAGUGUGCUCGUGUGCCUAAAUUAUAUUUCAAGAUUCUCCAUAUCUCUCUCUAUUAUUAUUAUUAUUAUUAUUAUUUUUCCCACUGCCAUGGCAUCAUCUGGAAGUGGCACCGGUUCUCCUUGUGGAGCAUGCAAGUUUCUCCGGCGAAAAUGCGCGUCGGAUUGUAUUUUUGCACCUUAUUUUUGCUCGGAGCAAGGGCCUGCUAGAUUUGCAGCCAUUCACAAGGUUUUUGGUGCUAGUAAUGUUUCCAAGCUGCUUUUGCAUGUACCAGCAGCUGAUCGCUGUGAGGCUGUGGUCACAAUCGCCUACGAAGCUCAAGCGAGGAUUCGAGACCCAGUUUAUGGAUGUGUUGCUCAUAUUUUCGCCUUGCAACAACAGGUAGCAUGCUUGCAAGCCCAAUUGAUGCAAGUGAAAGCUCAGCUGGCACAAAAUCUAGUCGACUCAUCACGCAAUAUAGAGAAUCAAUGGCAAGGAAAUAUGUAUGGGGUUCAAUCAUCAUUUCCAAGUAAUUAUCAUCAUCAAGCUUAUAAUUGUAUGAUGAAUCCAAUCUCUCCACAGAGCUCACUGGAAUCUGUUGAGCAUAGCAAUGAUGGGAUCAUAAGCAUGCAAGAUAUACAAAGCAACAGCGAAGAUUUUUCAUUCCAAUCUUGUACCAAGAAAAAACCUUACGAGCCAGACUUGGGUGAGCUUCAAGCACUUGCACUUAGGAUGAUGAGGAACUAAUUAUUAUAUCAAUAAAUUUAUAAAACAUCUUGUUUCUUUGUGUGCUCAAACUGAUGUGUAUAUACUUAUGAGACCAUCUAAGAAACUUGAGUUUUGAUAAGCCUUAGAGGCAUUCCCCUUUUGUUCAAUCAAACAGAUCAUAUAAUGCCUUGGAAA